CCUGAAGAGCGCGCUAUGGUCCGCACGGUCAACUCCGCUUAUAGUGUCAUUGAGGUUUGGCGGAGGCUCGUCGCAGCGGCCGAUUUCAAGGUCCUCCGUGCUGAGCGGGCCGCGCUGCGAAGGAAUGAUAAACUCCAGGAGGCCAACCGGCUCUUCCUGAAGUGGGCGCAAGAAGGCGAAAAACGGGAGGGACCCGCCUAUUCGAUUAUCGACUCGUCGUACCUGAAGGUUGAGGCGACAGCAGCAGACAUCAUCGUCAUUCUUACAGCGCUAUAUCAGCGUGCUGACGAUAUACCCGCUUCGCCACUUAAGAGGGUGUCGUUCCACCACGCGGUCCUUCAAAUGGGUACCGGCGGUUUCCGUCCAGGCUGCCUUGAAGACACCCUGUGCAAGCAGUACACCAUAUCCGUCGUGCGCGAUCCCGAUAAUCCGACCCGGGUGAAGCCUAUUGUCACACACAGGAUUGAUCGGAACAAGAUCAAGGAGGCCGAGAAGACCUGUAAAUAUAGGAAGCAAACAUCCGUCGCCUACUCUACCACUCUCGUGCCGUUUCACCUCCUUGAUUCGGCGAGCCUCGUGAUCACUCGGGCGAUACAGAUGGACGCCUUGGAUUUGGAUGUCAGCUACAAAUCGCUCCGCGAACUCCUCCAGCGUCCACGUCUUGGUGAAACCGGCCGCAUCGACAUCCCCUGGAAGGAGAAAUUCCUCAACGAGCCUCUUUUCCCACUAAAAUACACAGAGUUCUCGGCGAUUUGGAAUCGGUGCCUCCAUGUCAUAGGCAGCCGGAAGGAUAUCCGCCCAUACUCUCUUCGCGUCGGUGCUGGAGCCCGGAUGGAUAGUAUGGUGCUCCCAGACACUCACCCCCGCCGGACGUCGGAUAGUCAAUUGACAAGUAUUUGCAGACAGCCUGUCAAGCGCCCUACGGAACUACGUUAUGGGCCACUCAGGACCUGUUUUCGAAAAUGA